CAUGUUUGGAGGACGUCAAGUUGGUAAACACCACUCUGAAUUGCACAAUGACCGCCAAUGACCGUCGAACGGAGGAGGAAAAGAUGCUCGCAGGCGACCUCUACAUCGCCACUGACCCAGAUCUUACGCAGAAAAGAACCAGAGCGAGCAAAAUGUGCAGAAAGUUUAAUGACCUCGACGAAGACACGCCACAAAACGAAAAGCAAGAUCUCUUGAGACGGUUGUUUGGAAAGUUUGGCGAGGAAUGCAGCAUUCUGCCUCCCCUACGGUGCGAUUAUGGAAAAAACACGUUUAUUGGUGAUAGAGUCUUCAUGAACUUUGGAACUGUAAUAUUGGACACUUGCAAAGUUGAAAUCGGAAAUGAUGUCCUGUUUGGACCCAAUGUCUGUCUUUUUGCUGCAACGCACCCAGUUGACCCCGAAAUCCGACGCAACUGGGGCCCUGAACUGGGCAAACCUAUCAAGAUCGGAAAUGAUGUUUGGAUAGGUGGCAAUUGCACAAUUCUUCCAGGCGUUACUAUCGGAGAUGGUGUGACUGUUGGGGCUGGUAGCGUUGUCACGAAAGACGUAGAACCCUAUGUAGUAGUAGCUGGAAAUCCCGCCAAGGUCCUCAGACGACUGGAAAGACGUGAAGCAACUUCUCUGAAAGGAUAGUAUUUAUUGCAACAAAGCUAGCCACAGUUCGCCAGAUUUAGAAUAAUACAUUUCUUACAUCUUUGUCAGAAUUUUGUAAUAGGGAUCACGUUGUAAUACGCUUUCACAUACUGCAUCA